AUGCAGUGCCUCGCUGUCGGCGGCAAGCUGCUGGCGCGCGGCCAGCCUCGCCUGGCGGCCCAACUGAGCUUCCGCGCUUAUGUGGUUGUCCCCAGGGUGUCUGCCGCUGGGCUCAGCGACCUGGCAAAGGUGCGCGUGCGCUUUGCGCCCUCCCCCACCGGCUACCUGCACGUGGGCGGCGCGCGCACAGCGCUGUUCAACUGGCUGUUUGCCAAGAACGUGGGGGGCAAGCUGAUCCUGCGGGUGGAGGACACGGAUGCGGCGCGGUCCACCCGGGAGUCAGAGGAGGCGGUACUGACAGACCUCAAGUGGCUGGGCAUCCACUGGGAUGAGGGCCCCGACGUGGGCGGCCCCCACGGGCCGUACCGCCAGAGCGAGCGCAAGGAGCUGUACAAGCAGUACGUUGACCAGCUGGUGGAGGCGGGGGUGGCCUACCCCUGCUUCUGCACCGACGAGGAGCUGGAGGCGAUGAAGAAGGAUGCAGAGGAGAAGAAGCUGCCGCCCAUCUACCGCGGCAAGUGGGCCAGCGCGAGCAAGGAGGAGGUGGAUGGCAUGCUGGCGCGGGGCGUGCCGCACUGCUACCGCUUCCGCGUGCCCAAGGGCGAAGUGGUGCGCAUUCAGGACGUCAUCCGCGGCGAGGUGUCCUGGUCCACAGACACGCUGGGCGACUUUGUGCUGCUGCGCUCCAACGGCCUGCCCGUCUACAACUUCUGCGUCGCCAUUGACGACGCGCUGAUGCGCAUCAGCCACGUCAUACGCGCCGAGGAGCACCUGCCCAACACGCUGCGCCAGGUGCUGAUCUACCAGGCCCUGGGCUUCCCCACCCCCACCUUUGGCCACGUCUCCCUCAUCCUGGCCCCAGACAAGUCCAAGCUGUCCAAGCGCCACGGCGCCACCUCUGUGGGAGAGUUCCGGGAGGACGGAUACCUGGCGGCGGCCAUGCUCAACUACCUGUCGCUGCUGGGCUGGAACGACGGCAGCGAGCAGGAGAUUUACAGCGUGGAGGAGCUGCAGCAGGCCUUCUCGCUGGAGCGCAUCACCAAGAGCGCGGCGGUCUUUGACAAGACCAAGUUGUCGUGGAUGAACGGGCAGCACCUGCGAGCGCUGCCCGAGGAGGAGAUGCGGGCGAUGCUGCGCGCCUGGCUGGCGGCCAACCCCGCGCCGGCGGCCGCGCCAGAGGAGUGA